AUGUCCACUCCUAUCGCAGGCUUUGAAGUAAGAAAGGAGAAAAUUCUACAGGAUCUGUCGGUGCCAGAUGAGGAAUACACAGAUCUAUCACCCAAGGGGUCUGUGGAUGCGGGCAUUCGCGAUUUGAUCCACAAUAUCAAUCAGAUACAGGGCUUAGUGACAACGAGCAGCUGUGCCGGACGAAUUAGUGUGUUCUUAGAAGGAAUGGGAAAGGGAAGAGAAAGCAAUGUAACGGCGGGGAGAAGCAACAAAGGCACAUCUAUUAAAGGAGACGAUUCUAAGAUCAUGAAAGAAGAGGAGGAGGACAGGGAGAGUCCAGAGCAAGGUCAAACACAGUUUGCGCCCACAGGAGGGAAGGCUAACGGGAAAUGGCUCUUUGUAUCCCAUGAGCCGGUAGAGAUAGAUUUGGCCAUCGAAGGAACUUCUCUUCAUAACCUGUUUAAUCUGAUUUCCAGAGAUGGGGAAAUUGGCCCAAUAGCUCAUUCGGGAAGCUUGAGGCUUGUCCGCUUUCAUUUCGAACCCAUGAUCCUCCACAUCAUGGCAUCGUCCCUAAAACAUGCCCAGCCAGUCCUUGCAGCCGCCACGGCAGCAGGUUUUCGAGAAAGUGGCAUACAAAGCCUACGAUGCCUUGAUGAUACAAAAUCGUAUCCAAUCGUGGCGGUACGGUCAUCCGGACUUGCCCUGGAGUCCAUUAUUGGUUGUCACCAACAUCACCAUGGAAAUGAAAAUGAAGGUGCAGCUCAAAGCUUGGUUUCUGAAGACUAUCUCCGCAUGUUGCUUGCAGCUGCCAAUGAGCGGUUCAAGAUAAAUUCCGAUCGCCGAGAGAGAUUUUGGGCUAAAUUGCAGGAGCUUAGUUUAGGUCGUCCUGGCGAUGUUUCGUCGAGGAAAGCUGGAUGGGAGAAUCCCGAAGCGCGGAGGCUGAGAAAGCGAGAGGAAGGGUUAAGGCGAAGUAAAGCUGCUUCGGAGGAAAGGCGUGCUCUUCAAAGUCGUGGUGAUACACUUGCUGAUACGCAUAGCGAGGAUGAUGGAUCGUUAAUACUACCUUCUUGA